UGCACUGCAUCUCUUCUUCGUAAUUUCUUCUCUUUAUUCCUUUCCAGCAGCAGUCAGUCAAAUUCCCCAUUGUUCGCAUUCUUGCAAGGAGUCACAGGAGUCUAGCUACAGCCUAAGUAGCUUCCCUUGCAGGUGUGCGGUUAGAGACUGUCCACUCUUUGAUCGCUCGGUCGCUCGUUCUCGAACUUGGGAACUUCCCUCUACAUCGGAUAAAGCACACGACACAACCGGUCCAAGAUGGCGGAGAAACCGCUCCCUUUCGUCUACCAGUUCGCCGCUGGCGCUGUGGCCGGCGUGUCUGAAAUUCUGAUGAUGUGAGCCGCCGCUUGACUUUACUUGCCUAACCCCCUGCGGACGAGACGAGCCGACGCGACAUGAGCAGACUCACUGUGCGCGCGUGGAGUAAAGGAAGGAGUUGAUGGCUGAUAAUGUUUUGCGUGCAGGUAUCCGCUCGAUGUGAUCAAGACGAGAGUACAACUCCAAGGCAAACCCAUCCCCGGCCAAGACUACUAUACCGGCAUGCUCGACUGUUUCAAGAAGAUUGUGCGCAAUGAGGGACCUUCGCGCCUGUACCGUGGCAUUGCCGCACCGAUAAUGAUGGAAGCACCCAAGCGCGCUACAAAGUUCGCCGCCAACGACUCCUGGGGCGUGUUCUACCGGCGCCUAUUCAACGUCGAGAAACCGACGCAGCCACUCGCCAUUCUCACCGGUGCGACUGCUGGUGCGACCGAAGCGUUCGUCGUCGUCCCCUUCGAGCUGGUCAAGAUCCGUCUCCAAGACCGCGCGAGUGCGGGCAAGUACAACGGCAUAGUAGACUGCGUGGUCAAGACGGUCAAGAGCGAGGGCCCCCUGGCGCUGUACAACGGAUUGGAAAGCACCCUGUGGCGCCACAUACUCUGGAACGCGGGCUACUUUGGGUGCAUCUUCCAGGUCAAGGCGCUGAUGCCCAAGGUCGAUCCGAAAAAGGAGAGGGGCAAGGCGAUGAUGACGGACUUUUUGAGUGGGUCGAUCGGAGGCACCGUCGGCACGAUACUCAACACCCCCAUGGACGUGGUCAAGUCGAGGAUCCAGAAUAGUCCAAAGAUUGCGGGCUCGGUGCCCAAGUACAACUGGGCAUGGCCUGGCUUGGGCACAAUCAUGAAAGAGGAAGGAUUCGCCGCCUUGUACAAGGGCUUCUUGCCCAAGGUGUUGCGGCUGGGUCCUGGUGGUGGUGUGUUGCUCGUCGUGUAUACCGGUGUCAUUGAUUGGUUCAGGAAGAUGGGCGCGCAACCGAUCUGAGUUGAGAGGGGCGAUGGGCUCUCCACGGCAAGAUGGUGACAGAAGUUGAGGGUUGUGAUCUGCAGGCGACAGAGCCACGGAACGGGACGUGAUAUUGCGGUUCAGCUUCGAAGAAGGUCGGAUCCAGUAUCCAAUUCUGCAUGGAAUGGUCAGGGCCCGACACGAUCGAUGCUGAGUAUGACCAUUUCGACCGGUCGACUUGUACUCUACCUCGAAGAGUACUGAUCGGGCACCAGACAAGAGAAAGAGCUAGAUUGGUCGGGGAAUCUGUGCAUAUGGGUCGUACCCUGCCGCAAAAGAUAAAGUGCUGGGCAAUUUAAGAAAUAGAGUGCACUUUCAAGCGAAGGGAAUAGAGAACUAGGCCUUAAUGAACACGUCGCGAGCAUCAUGGACACGUGUACUCUGUAAUGGUACAACAAUUCGAUUUUACACUUUG